AUGGCCCCAUUAGUCUGGCUCAUCACGGGCUGCUCGUCCGGCUUCGGCGCCCAGUUCGUGCAUUCAGCUCUCGCCCGCGGGGACAAGGUGAUCGCAACGGGACGCAACGCCGCAACAAAGCUGAAGCAGUUCGAGGGCACCGGCGCAGCCAUCGUCGACCUAGAUGUCAGUCUGCCCGAGGCCGAGGUCAAGAAGAUUAUCGAUGAGGCAGUCAAGAUCUAUGGCCGGAUCGAUGUGCUGGUGAACAAUGCCGGCUACGGCCUCAACGAGGAUUACCAGAAGCUUUUCAACGUGAACUUCUUUGGCGCCCUCUCUGUCACUCGCGCGGUACUUCCGUACAUGCGCGCGCAGCAAUCCGGCACCAUUGCCUUUGUCGGUUCGAUGUACGCUUGGUGGGCGCCCACCAUGGUAUCGGUGUACGGCGCGGCAAAGGGUGCACUCAAAGCCAUCGUUGACGGCCUCGCCGCCGAGCUGGCCCCCUUCAACAUCCGCACCAUCGACUUCGAGCCGGGAUUUUUCCACACCCAGCUCACAGACCUAUCAAAGCUCCUCGAGAAUGCCUCCACGGCGCCGCCGCUGGAUGAUUAUGCUGGCCAUCGUGCGGCGAUGGCCAAUGUUGCGGGGGCAAUGGCCGGCAACGAGCGCGGCGACGUCAAGAAGGGCGUCGAGCUGAUGGUGGACGUCAUCCGUGGCGAAGGGCGUGCUAGCGGAAAAAAGAUACCGCCUAGGCUGCCGAUCGGGGAUGACGCCGUGAGAGUGGUGGAGGGGACGUGUCGGAAUAUGCUGAAGAUUAUCGAUGAGUGGAGAGGCGAUGUGGCUGGGACAACUGAUAGGGACGAGUUUAAGGGUGAGGUGCCGGGGAUCGAGGCGAUUGUGACGGUACCGGACGUUUAG